AUGUUUUUGAAAACGACAACAGGAGAGUCUUCAGUGCAGGCCAUGGGUCGAAAGCUGGACCUGUCUGGACUGUCGGACCUGGAGGCGGCGCACGUUCUACAGGUCGUUCAAAGAGACAUGAAGCUGCGCAAGAGGGAGGACAAGCGGCUGAGUGAGCUGAAGCAGGAGUUGUCAGAGGAGGGCAGCCGCAGUCGCCUCUUGUCCCGUCAGUCCUGUUUUAACCAGCGCUGUUGCAUCCGCUGCUGCGCUCCCUUCACGUUUCUGCUGAACUCGAAGCGUCGCUGUGGGGAGUGUGGAUACAACGUGUGCCGGAGCUGCCGACUCUAUUCCAACAAGAGCAAAGGCUGGCUCUGCUCCUCCUGCCAGAAACACAGGUUGCUGAAGACCCAGUCCCUGGAGUGGUUCUACUCCAACGUGAAGAGCAGGUUUAAGCGUUUCGGCAGCGCUAAAGUGCUAAAGACUCUGUACAAGAAACACCUGACGGAGCACAGCAUCCUCUCCGAGCUCACAGAUGGUAGUGGGUACGAGGAGAGUGUCUGCAACGAUGGCAGCAUUUGUGGGAGCGACUCCGCCUUCUACAAACAAACUGAAGAACACAGCAUGUCGGAGACGCUGACCGUGGCCCGGCGUGUGGCGGAGGAAACUAUAGAUGAAGCUAUUUCCAAAGCUGAAGUCCACACGUACUCUCAGGCGAAGAAGAAUGAGGCUCACUAUCUUCGGCAACAUCGAGCAGAGCUUAUUGAAGAACUGGCAACAACCAUAGUGGAAAAGAUCAUCAGUCGCAGAAAUACUUCGGCCCAGAUCAAGAGUGAAUACGACCAGGAUUUGACCCACACGUAUUACAACCACUUUGUGCCUCCACACCAGCAACAGCCUCCACUCUGGAGGUCCCACUCUCUCUCUCUGUUGGACACAGACUCUCCUGGUGUGAAGAGCCCACUCCAGAGUCUGAAGAAAGAUCGUCCUGGUCCGUCUCUGUCGGCCUGGAAGAGCGUGGACCGACUGGACAACUCUGUGCUCAAAAGUCCAGACGGAAACUGGCUCGUCCUUCAGAGCGGCCAGCUGUCCCGGCCGAGUCUCCUGACCAAGCGGAAGAGUCAGGUCUACAGCGCUCUGGAGCAAGAGUCCGGGGCCGUGUCCGCGUACGAGGCCAUGGACUCCGACUGUGAGCCUGACAGCUCCUGGGGCGCCGUCCUCAAGGAGAUCCACAAGAAGAUGAAUCACUCCGACCUGCUGGAAGACCUGGACUUGGACUAUGUGGGAGAAAGGAGGGGGAGCAGGGACUAUGUGGGAGAGAGGAGGGGGAGCAGGGACUCGGAGGGAAACUUCUGGAAAUCUAUCAAGGCGCUCAUAAACAAGAAGGUGCCGGUGGAGAUCAGGAAGCCCUCGUCUUCUCGGAGAACCAGUAUCAUUGACAUGAACUUCAACGUGGAAAUAGAAGAAGAAAGAGAGGACCAGUGCAGUGUGGAGCUGGAGGAGAGGAGAGUGAGGAGGUCACGGCGGAAGAGGAGAAGCAGAAGAGAGGCAGCUUUAUACUUACAGGACCAAAAAAACACAGACACCCUCCCCACCUCCUCCUCUGACGCUGCUACACCUGAGACUUUAACCUCUGGAACAUCCACCCCUGAUUUUAACGUUGACCUGCCCGCACCAGGGGCCAACCAGGCCACCCAGGAGCUCACUAAACGACUGCAACAGCUCGUGGCACAAGUGACCAUAAGCGACGACACCUCGACCAACGCACAAAACACCGGAGAUUACAUGGACCUGGACGAAGGACACACGGAGGAUAUCGAGCUCGACAAUGACGCCAAGGACCGAUUGUUCAGAUUAGUGGCUGAGUCUAGGCUCUUAUAUCUAUCCUCCACCGACGACGACUUGGACGAAACGGGCGUCGGCGAGGAAGAAGACGUGCAACCGAGCGAAGAUCUCAAAUUCAAGCUUUUCCGUCUCGAGCAGGAAGUAAAAUCCACGCAGUUUUCUUCCACAGAGGACGAGCUCGAUAGGAAAGGGCUGGACGAGGACUUGGGCCGCUCCGGAGAAGAUGGAGAGACACCUGUUGAAGUGAGCAAACUAUUCGGCCAAGUCGGAGUUGGCGCGACAGAGGAGGCCCCAGAUGAUGCAGAAUUGUGGAAAUUGCAAGCAGAAAGAGCGGAGAAAGUUAGAAGUUUAGCCGGUUUGGUUAGCUUAUGCGAGUUUUCUUCCUCAGAGGAUGAAUUGGAAAGAGUGGGAGAGAGCAAAAUAGCCCAGAACGACAUGACUGGUUUGGAUUUUGAGAGGAGGGAGUCUAUGGGAGACUUGGAUGUGAACAUGUUUGAACUCGGAGAAGAUCACAAGACUAUAAACUAUUUAGAAAUGUCCAAAGCAGGGGACGUUGAGGCCUGCAAUGCGAGAGAUUUGGACCGGAGGGAGUCAAUAGAUUUUGAUGAGAGUAUGUUUGAAUUUACAAAUGUCAAAACACUCCAAAAGGCGAGUAACGGGGCCAGAAUUGCGUGCUACAAAGCGGCUACAAGUAUCGGUGGUUUAAAUGUGAAUGAGGCAAGCUUGCAAGAGUCGAAAAGUCAAAACGAAAUGUUAGUUGUGGACGAGAGGCAAGAGGAGUCAGACAGCGAAGCGGACGAGGCUGAAUUUAACAGAAUCAUUAACAGUAUGUUGAUGAUGACGUUGGAGGAUAUGCAAGGAGGAGGGCAGCGUUUGGAAAUAUCAAAUGAACAAGCUGAGGAUGAACACGCAAGGAAAGGACCAGGAGAGUCGUACGAGAAGGUGGGAAGUCGAGAUGACAGCAAUGGAAAUGGGUUAAAAGGACAACAAGGCCAAACUGAUCCGGACGCAGAGGAAAAAACACAUUUAGUGAACAAAGUGUGUGAAGACGUGAUCGAGACGAAGAUGGCAAGUUCAAAUACAGACGUGGGACUCGAGUCAGACGAGGAGCAGAGCGAAACCUUCACAUCUCCAGGCACUUUACUGUCCCCAGAGGAAAUUCUGAAGGGCUGUGAGUUUGUUUUAACUCGGCUAAAGCAGAGGCGUUCGGCCAAGUCUCUCAGCAGCAUCACCACAGAGGUCCUCAAAGUGCUCAACGCCACCGAGCGUCUGCUGGAGGAGACUCACAGAGAGGCUACUGCACCCGCUCCACCCGCUCCACCUGCUCCACCCGCUCCUGUGUCCCAGCACCACAGAGAACUGGACCAGCAGCUCUGUCAGCUCGAAGAACAUGUGUAUUUAGCAGCUGGUUCAGUGUACAGUUUGGAGACGGAGCUGGGGGAGAUGGAGGAUUGCGCUCGGGCCGUGAGCAGCAGCACCAGCGUCUCCGAGCUCAGCUUCCUGGAGGAACAAGUGGCAACAGCUGCAGCCAAAGUCCAGCAGACAGACACACAGAUUUCAGACAUUUCAGCCAGAAUCGCUGCUUUGAAGAGUGCAGGCCUCAACGUGUCCCUACAGCCGAGCUUGAGUAAAUCCAGGACAUCACCAGCAAAGUCGGCGGCUCUGGAUGUGUCGCGGCAGCAGAGACGCCUGCUCCCGGCGCCUCCCACUAAAGACGAGGAGCAGAGCGAAACCUUCACAUCUCCAGGCACUUUACUGUCCCCAGAGGAAAUUCUGAAGGGCUGUGAGUUUGUUUUAACUCGGCUAAAGCAGAGGCGUUCGGCCAAGUCUCUCAGCAGCAUCACCACAGAGGUCCUCAAAGUGCUCAACGCCACCGAGCGUCUGCUGGAGGAGACUCACAGAGAGGCUACUGCACCCGCUCCACCUGCUCCACCCGCUCCUGUGUCCCAGCACCACAGAGAACUGGACCAGCAGCUCUGUCAGCUCGAAGAACAUGUGUAUUUAGCAGCUGGUUCAGUGUACAGUUUGGAGACGGAGCUGGGGGAGAUGGAGGAUUGCGCUCGGGCCGUGAGCAGCAGCACCAGCGUCUCCGAGCUCAGCUUCCUGGAGGAACAAGUGGCAACAGCUGCAGCCAAAGUCCAGCAGACAGACACACAGAUUUCAGACAUUUCAGCGAGAAUCGCUGCUUUGAAGAGUGCAGGCCUCAACGUGUCCCUACAGCCGAGCUUGAGUAAAUCCAGGACAUCACCAGCAAAGUCGGCGGCUCUGGAUGUGUCGCGGCAGCAGAGACGCCUGCUCCCGGCGCCUCCCACUAAAGAAUCUUGA